CAAUGAACACCAAUCAGGGCUCUCCAAGCAAACAGUGUAAAACUAAAAAUGGCGGUGUAGGUGUCGUCCACUAAAAUUUUCCCUUUGUCUAGUUAAACGCGGGUGCAUAACACUUAAAGUGAUAAAAAUAUUAGCAUACCGUUUACACUAACGUAUUCAAAGAUCAUCCAAAGAGAAAUGGGUGAUGAAAUGGAUCCCUGCGAAUGCCUGUGGAAUCAUGAGCUUGCUAUGCGCCGACUGAUCUCCCUGCUUCGUCAGGGGCAAUCAUAUUGCACUGAUGGGGAGUGCCUGGACGAGCUGCCCGGACCUCCGGCGCAGGCGGCGAGCAACAGCUUCCUAGUGAUGUUCCUCAUGAUGGCACUCGCUAUGGCCAUGUACAUGAUGCGCCCGCGUCAGAUACAAGACGUCGCCAAACCCGCCUCCAACUCUCAGGACCGUGACGGCGCCCCGCCGACGCCGCCACGUGUUUAAAUCUUCUAGCAGCAUUCUUGUACGGUCGGGGGGUAACUUUUAAUGUAUUAUAGCCGUAAAGGCAUAGCGUCUUAAGACAUAAUAAAACCUUAAGCAUAGCGUGCUAAGGAACGUUUAACUUAAAUGUAACCGUGUAGUUUGAAAUUUAAAGUUGAAAACUUUGUUUAUACAUUGUUAAUAUCCCGCUUGAUGUACCACGACCUUGACGUGUAACUGACAUUGACAGAUAGUGUUAAGUCAUUCCAUGCUAUUUAAUCUAUUAUUGCCAAUAUAUUACGUUAUGUAAUUUAAGGAUUAAUGAAAGCAUUGUGUAAUUAUAACAUUUAAAUAAUUGAUAUAAUUUUUUUUUUUUAUUAAAUAUAUUUCCUUUUUAUUUACUUGGUGCUAUUUAUAAAUCAAUUGGAAAUCUCUGCAAAAUGUAUUGCGAUUACUGUUGUUUUUUUUUUUUUAAUUUGGCGGACUUUGUUUGUAAGUGAACAUCACAAUAAGAAGCCAAGUCUCAAACGCUGUCUCAAGUCUCUCCACUAUUGUUACGUUAUAUAAGACCUUCAUGUAUUUUUAAUAUAUUUUUUUACAUAUAUGUAACUGGCAAGUUCGAGCCAAGCUUGUCUAUUCCACUAGUAUUAGGUUUCCCCGGUUUUCUCUUGGGUUUUGGGUUUUUUUUUUGAGUACACAGUUUUUAUUUUGUCUUUCACAUUAAUUUUAACCGCUCUACCACUAUUUGAGAUUGUAAUAUAUGCAAGAAUAAAUUAUAAAUGUGACACUUA